ACAGACGAAGGAUUCAGCAUUAACCUCAUUCGAAGAACCUCUCCCAAAGCCUUAUUCCGUCAACGGCUGAGAGGUUUCUCAGCCAUGUCAACAACACAAGCCCCAGUGAGUGCAUACCUUGGUGAGCAUCUCAUGGAACUCUCCAUCGGAACUCCACCGUUCAAAAUCUACGGCAUUGCAGACACGGGCAGCGAUCUCACGUGGACACAAUGCGUCCCAUGCAAGAGCUGCUACAAGCAACUAAACCCCAUGUUUGAUCCCAUAAAAUCAUCCUCGUACAAAAACAUAUCAUGCGACUCAAACUUGUGUCAUCUACUCGACACGGGUGUCUGUUCUCCUGAGAAGCAAUGCAACUACACCUACGCCUACGGAGAUGGUUCCUCGACACAAGGAGUUUUGGCACAAGAAACAGUGACGUUCACUUCAACCACAGGAGCAAGCGUUCCCCUUAAGGGCAUCGUGUUUGGUUGUGGACACAACGACUCAAAACAAGGUUUCAACGACCAUGAGAUGGGUCUGAUAGGCCUAGGAGGAGGCCCAGCAUCAUUGAUUUCUCAAAUGGGUUCAUCCUUUGGAGCCAAAAUGUUUUCACAGUGCUUGGUGCCUUUCCAAACUGAUGUGAGUGUUUCUAGCAGAAUGAGUUUUGGCAGAGGGAGUAAGGUAUCUGGGAGUGGUGUUGUUUCGACACCUUUGGUUACAAAGGAAGACAAAACACCUUAUUUUGUGACCUUACUAGGUAUCAGUGUCGGAAACAGGUAUUUGCACUAUGAUGGUUCUUCAGAAAAUGUCGAAAAAGGUAACAUGUUUCUUGAUUCUGGAACACCUCCGACUAUCUUACCGACACAGUUAUAUGAUCGUGUGGUGGCUGAAGUGAAGAACCAGGUUGCCAUGAAACCUGUCGUGGAUGAUCCUGAUUUGGGUACCCUACUUUGCUAUCGAACAAAGAAUAAUCUUCCUGGUCCUAUGCUAACUGCUCAUUUUGAAGGUGCUGAUGUAAAACUGGAAACAUUUCAAACCUUCGUUUCACCAAAAGAUUCUGUUUUCUGCUUGGGGUUCGCCAACAGCAGUAGUAAUGUGGGAAUUUAUGGUAACUUUAUUCAGUCGAAUUAUCUGAUUGGGUUUGAUCUAGAAGCAAAAGUUGUCUCUUUCAAGCCAACAGAUUGUACCAAGAACUCGUAG